GGUGGCGGCGGAGUGAAAUUGGAGCCUCUGAAACGGCGGGCGGUGGCGGGUGGCCGAAGCUGGAGGUGGGCGGGCAGGUGGGUCUGUGAAGGGCCUGGGGCCGGUCAUGGCGUUGAGGCCUGACCCAGGGGAAGAUGAAUAAGGGCUGGCUGGAGCUGGAGAGCGACCCUGGGCUCUUCACUCUAUUAGUAGAGGAUUUUGGUGUUAAGGGAGUGCAAGUUGAAGAAAUCUAUGAUUUACAGAGCAAAUGCCAAGGGCCAGUCUAUGGGUUCAUCUUCCUUUUCAAAUGGAUUGAAGAGCGCCGAUCGCGACGGAAGGUCUCAACUCUGGUAGAUGAGACAUCAGUGAUUGAUGAUGACAUUGUCAACAAUAUGUUCUUUGCUCAUCAGCUGAUUCCCAAUUCUUGUGCCACACACGCAUUGUUGAGUGUCCUCCUGAAUUGCAGCAGUGUAGACUUGGGGCCAACUCUGAGCCGAAUGAAGGAGUUCACAAAAGGAUUUAGUCCAGAGAGCAAAGGCUAUGCCAUUGGAAAUGCCCCAGAACUGGCCAAGGCCCACAACAGUCAUGCUAGGCCAGAGCCCCGGCAUUUGCCAGAGAAACAGAAUGGGAUCAGUGCGGUGCGAACCAUGGAGGCUUUUCACUUUGUCAGCUAUGUUCCCAUUAAGGGGAGGCUCUUUGAGCUGGAUGGCCUGAAAGUUUAUCCCAUUGACCAUGGGCCGUGGGCAGAAGAGGAGGAAUGGACAGACAAAGCUCGAAGAGUGAUUAUGGAGAGAAUUGGACUUGCCACAGCAGGGGAGCCAUAUCAUGACAUCCGCUUUAACUUGAUGGCAGUCGUGCCUGACAGGAGGAUGAAGUAUGAAUCCAAGCUGCAUAUCUUGAAGAUGAACCGGCAAACUGUAUUAGAGGCUUUGCAGCAGCUAAUCCGUGUGACGCAACCAGAGCUGGUCCACACCCAGAAAUUCCAGGAGGCCCAGGCUUCUGAAGAGCCAAAGUCAGCAAACAGCAAACCCCCCACCGCCCUGCCACUAGGGCGUGUGCAGCUGGUCCCAGAAAGCUCACAAGCAGAGAGCACUGAGGAGUCUGGAGGCCAGGAUCAGCCUUCAUCAACCCAGAGCCCUCCAAGCAAAUCCAAGCCGGGCAAUAAGCUACCUGUGAGCAGCAUCAAUGGGGCACUGGCCAACCCUAGCCCUAUUGUGCAGAGACUGCCAGCUUUCCUGGAUAACCACAACUAUGCCAAGUCACCCAUGCAAGAGGAAGAGGACCUUGCAGCAGGAGUGGGCCGGAGCCGGGUCCCAGUACGGCAGCACCAGCAGUACUCGGACGAGGAUGAUGACUAUGAUGAUGAUGAGGAGGAGGAAGUUUGCAAUGCCAAUCCCGCCAUGAGAUACAAGCGGAAGGGCCCAGUGAAGCAGGAGCCCCUGGUGGGGAGUGCGGAUGGCCAGCUCUCCAUACUGCAGCCCAACACUAUUAAUGUCCUAACUGAGAAGCUCAAGGAAACACAGAAGGAUCUCUCCAUCCCCCUGUCAAUCAAGACCAGCAGUGGAGGCACUGCUGUUGCUGCUGUUGCCCAUUCUCAACCAUCUCCUACACCCAGCAAUGAGAGUACGGACACUGCCUCAGAGAUUGGGAGUGCCUUCAAUUCCCCGCUCCGCUCCCCCAUCCGCUCUGCCAACCCCACUCGUCCCUCCAGCCCUGUCACCUCUCAAAUUUCCAAGGUGCUGUUUGGGGAGGAGGAUAGUCUUCUGCGUGUGGACUGUAUACGCUACAAUCGAGCUGUGAGGGAUUUGGGGCCUAUCAUCAGCACAGGCUUACUGCACCUCACAGAGGAUGGGGUUUUCUGCCCACUAACAGGUAAGGUUCAGGGGAAGGGCUGUAGCCCCUGUACUCCUCGGGUGAUGUUUAUGAAAACGGCAUAUAGAGUGGUAUACAAUGGUUUUAAUAAUAAGAUGAAUCCACCCUGUGUGUUAGAAUUGAAGAGUUGGAAGGGACCCCAAGGGUCACCUAGUCCAACUCCCCUGCAGCAUUCCUCCUUUUUGCUCUCUUCUCCACUGAUACCAGAUGGUGGGAAAAACUCUUCAUCUUCUAGCAAAUCCAGUGAAGAGCUUCAGUCCACUGUCAAACUAGAAGUGAGAGACUCAAGUGAAGCAAAUGACAGCAAGGAGAAGGCUGGACUUGGUCGGUCUGGUGAUCUCCCUUGUGGGGAAAAGUAUUCUCCUAAAGAGCUGCUGGCACUGCUGAAAUGUGUGGAAGCUGAAAUAGCUAACUAUGAAGCCUGUUUAAAGGAGGAGGUAGAGAAAAGGAAGAAGUUCAAGAUUGAUGACCAGAGAAGAACUCACAAUUAUGAUGAAUUCAUAUGCACCUUUAUCUCCAUGCUGGCACAAGAAGGAAUGUUGGCGAGCCUUGUUGAACAGAACAUCUCUGUGCGUAGGCGGCAAGGGGUCAGCAUUGGGCGUCUCCACAAGCAGAGGAAGCCUGACCGGCGGAAACGUUCCCGGCCAUAUAAAGCCAAGCGUCAGUAGCACCAACCUUUGGACAGUACGUUGUGUUCACUGCUUGUCACUUUGGUCACCUGGUGCACAUUUCAGGCUCUACCAGCUGGGCAGUGCCCAGGAGACGGGCUUUGCACUGAACAUCUCUGUUCAAAUAAUCAGUGUUAGUGUAAUGUUACAUGCAAAUCCACCUGCAUUCAACUGGGCUGUAGGUGUUCCUCUAAUGGUGGUGACCAUGUGGGCAUUCCAGUGUAACUUUUUCUCCAAACCCCAAGGACCAGGACCACUCGAGAGUCCUACUUAACACAGCACUUGAAUUUGCUACUCAGUGUCCUAAAUCCAUCUGCAGUAUGUCUUGCAGUAGCCAAUGGCAUCCUUCAGAAGCUCUGUAGGGAGAUUAAUGGAAAAGGAGAAACCAAAUUCCUGCCACCUUUUAGAAGGGCAUUGCAGCAGGAGUUGGUGUGGUGUUGGGUUCAGUUUUCCCAGCAAAAAAGGAAUUAGCUAUGUACUGUUUCUUGCCAGUGCCGAUGGCUCUGUGUUAUCCUGGAAGUCUAUUAUCUAUUUUCUGUAUUAAAAUGUAUAUAUAUAUUUUCUGAGCCAUAUUACCAUUGUAGUGGACUACAGGUGGCCAUCUUUUUCCAGGAAUCUAUUAUGUGCAUUGGGAGGGAUGCUGUCCACUUGAAGGUCAGGCUUCUUUGCUCCUCCUUUGUAGAAGGUCUUUCAGUUCAGUAUCAGUCCUGUUAAUGUUUCUCUAGGUGGUUUCUUUAGUUGCUGCAGGAACAGGGAGAGGAAUUUCUGAAAUGGGCGGUGGGUGCCCAAAGUAAGGACACAGUGUGACUCACAGUUUAUAGGGGUGAAUACCUUGAAGUGAGUGCUGCUUUCUGUUAUAUUUUUAUGUUUGUUAGCCAUGCACAGAAAAGGAUCAGAAUGAUCAAUCAUACGAGAUUAUUUCCCCCUUCCUGAUCUUGGGGGUUGAUAAACGGUAGCCUCAGGUCCCCCUUGAAAGUCCCUUGGCUUUUGCUCAGAUUAUGCUGCAUAAAACCACCCUUUAUGAAGUUAAAACAAUGCUGAGACAAACAGUUGAAAUGGGUGGAUUAGUGUCAUGACAUGCUAGAAGUAACAUAGGUAUUUGUUCUGUUCUCUCUCUGCUCUCUGGAACUGUUAGACCACCAAAAAA